AUGUCGGAUUUAGAUAGCGAAUAUCCGAGAGCGGAAAGUGGUAGACCUUUUCAACAAGAAGAAAAUAAAGAAUUUGUUAAGCUCUUUAAUGAGCAGAAAUUCAGACCUAGAACUGCUAUUUUAAAAGUCUGGUUUGAAUAUCCUACCAACAUGUUCUUCCAACCCAUACCAGCUAAAGAUAAAAUUACUUUCACGAAUAGAAUAGGUAAAAAGGAAACUGGCACUAAAAUCAGGUUCAGAAAUGGUUUCUGUCACGACGUUUUAACAUCGGUCGAUAUUCAAGAAAUAGUGAAAGCCGGUGGACGAAUUAUUAAAAUAUUAGAUGGUAUAGUUUACGAAGAAAAUUUUAAAACUCCACCCUAUAGAGAUUAUGUUUUAAUUUUGAGAGAUCUAAGAAAUAAAUAUAAACGAGAAGAUGGUUUUUAUAAGCCUGAAAUAUACUAUACAGAUACCGAUAGUUUAGACAUUUCGUCUAGCAAUUGGGAUAAAUUAAAUGAAGCUGGGUUGGUGUCCGAAAAUGGUUAUUGUAAAGGAAAGAAUGAUUACGGUGAUGGUGGAAUUAUAUUUGGUUUAUAUUUAGCGCCAAAAGUUAAAUACAAUAUCAUUCUAAAUUCCGACAGUAUUCUCGAAGAAAAGGAAACGUUUAAGGGUUACUCUAAAGAUAAGAUAUCCGUAGAAGAUUAUAUUCAUUUAGCUAGUGGACACGAUGUAACGAAUGAAUUUAAGAAACCUUGGGUAAAAAGUUUCACCAAUGGAGUAGUUAUUCCAAAAGAUGAUGAUAAACAAAAGAAAGUUUUUAGAAGUUAUCUAAAUCUCGUUAAGAGAAAAGCACCAAACAGUGAAGGAAUCAUGUAUCCUUACAACGACGGAAAAGAAUUGAACAUAGAUGAAAACUACGAAUUUGAUGAUUAG